AUGGCGAUCGCCAAGCGCUUGCCACCGGUCGAGAGCGGCGAAGCAGUCGUGGUCGAGAAGGUGCUCAAGAGCAACCCGUUGCUGGAGGCGUUUGGCAACGCCAAGACGAUCCGCAACGACAACUCGAGCCGCUUUGGCAAGUUCACGCAGCUCCAGUUCAAUAGCGACUCGUGUCUCGUGGGCGCCGAGUGUCGUCACUAUUUGCUGGAAAAGUCGCGCGUUGUAGCGCAAGCGGCAGGCGAGCGGAACUACCACAUUUUCUAUCAGUUGGUGAGUGCCAAGGAGCCGGCGCUUGGCUUUGACGCGAACACGUCAGCCAAGCAGUUUCGCUUCUUGCAGGACGAAGUGCUCACGCUGGACGGCAUGACAGACUUGGAGCGGUACCAAGUCACGCGGGACGCUCUCACGACGAUUGGCGUGAGUGACAAGGAGCAGACGGAGCUCUUUCGCGCGCUGUGCGGGAUCCUGCGGCUCGGGCAGCUCGACUUUGUCCCGCUCGACUCGAACAAGGACGACGCGAGUCAAGCGGUGGCGUUUGUCGCGUCGUCCGCGACGAUUACGGACGAGCAGAUUGCGCUGCAGAAGAUUGAGAUGGAGCAGUGUGCGCAGCUCUUGGGCGUGGAGAUGGCAGCGCUGGGCGCACAGCUCUGUAGUCGCACGGUCAAGGCCCGUCAGGAAGUCUAUUGCGUGCCCUUGUCAGCUCAUCAAGCUGGCAACAAUCGCGAUGCGCUGGCAAAAGAGAUUUACGCACGAGUGUUUGGCUAUUUGGUACGUCGCGUGAACCACAGCAUUUCGAACUCGACAGCGGUCACGCCGUCGUACUUGCACAUUGAUUUGCUGGAUAUUUUUGGCUUCGAGUCGUUUGAACACAAUAGUUUCGAGCAGUUUUGCAUCAAUUUUGCCAAUGAAAAGCUGCAGCAGAAGUUUACCAUGGACGUGUUUAAGACCGUGCAGGAAGAGUACGAGCAAGAGGGCGUGGCGUGGGAGUUUGUCAAGUACCGAGACAAUCAGGAUAUGCUGGACCUCUUGGAGAACUCAAUGGGCGUCAUGGCUCUCUUGAAUGAAGAGUGUGUUCGCCCCAUGGGCAGCGACCUGUCGUUUGUGUCCAAGCUGGUCUCGCUGCGUGAGUCGCACCCGCGCCUGGAACGGGCUCGUCUCAGUCAAAUGCACUUUUUGCUAUACCACUAUGCGAGUCCUGUGACAUACGAUGCAAAGGGCUUUGUCGAGAAGAACAAGGACUCCCUCCAGACGGAUUUAUUAGAGUUGUUGGGCACGAGCUCAAACGGGUUGAUGUCGAUGGUAUUUGGCGAUAAUGAUAAUGCGGCAUCCAUUACAGACGCAGACUUGACGAUUCGUGCUUCCACGAUGAUGGAAGCAGGGCGACGUGGUACAAUCGGUCGGAAAACGUCAACUUUCAUGCAAGAGACUGUGAGCUACAAGUUUAAGGCACAAUUGUCACUACUAAUGAGCGACAUCUCGAGCACCGAGGUGCACUACGUGCGCUGCAUCAAACCCAAUUCGCAAAAGCGUCCCGACAUCUAUGAAAUUGACGCGGUCGUCAACCAGCUUCGCUGUGCAGGUGUCGUGGAAGCCAUUCGCAUUACACGCGCAGCAUUUCCGAAUAAGAUGGCACAUGAAAAGUUCCUUCGCCGUUUUGUAAUGAUGAGGAGCACAAAAACGCCCGCUUCCGUGUCUACGACUGUUACUGAGGCAUGCGAGUUGCUUGCUAAGGAACUACUUUGCAGUGAUGAUUUCGUUCGCAAGUGCGGCAACGAUGAACAACCCGAUACUCCAGAUUUUGUUGUCGGAAAAAGUCUGGUCUUUUUUGGUAAAGAUGUGCUGGAGUUUCUAGAGCACCGACGCACGACGUUUGUACACGAUCGAGCAGUCGUGAUUCAGAGAAAUGCGCGACAAUGGAUUGCACGGCGAAGAGUCAAAAAGGUCCGGACAAUGAUUACUAAACUUCAGGCACGUUACCGCUGCCAGGUACAGCGGCGUGCGUUCAUCGAGAAGCGGAAGAAGUGUGUGAUCGUGCAAAGUGUGUGGCGCGGUGUGCGCUCGCGCCAGCGUAUGUAUCUGUUGAUGAAGGGAAAUAGCGCGGUUUUGAUUCAAAGUGCGUACCGCAAACAUCUUGCCGAGCAGAAGUAUACAAAGCUUCGCAAUGCCACCAUUAAGAUCCAGUGCAUGCUCAAGACGAGGAAGCAAGUGGACAAGUAUCACAAGCUUUUGACGGAACGGAAGGAACAUGAUGCAAUGGAGACCGAGGUAGAUUUGUUGAAGCACCGUCUCGAGGACGAAAAGCGUGCUCGCCUGGAAAUCGAAGCGGAAAAUUCGUCAUUGCAGCAGGAGCUGAAAGAGGUUCGGGGUUCUUCUGUACUUACUGCUAACAGCAGCAUUUGCGAGGGUGAAGCGUUACACACGCUUCCAAGCAGUUCGCGGUCAAGUAAAUUAGGACUAGAGUCAAUGGAUGACAGCAAGCUGCUAGACGACUCCGAGCGCAUGAUUGACUACCUUCGAAAAGAGGUUACAAAGGGCCGCGAACUUGUGCAGACGUUGUCCCAAGAGAAUGAAAACCUGAAGACUGAAAACAAGAAAAUCAAGGACGCGUAUACCGCUGCUGGCGCAUCGUUUGCUGCGCUGAAUCAGCACAAUAAGCGGCAGUCAAAAGCAAAUUUGCGGCUCAUGAGUACACAUGCUGCUCUGAUAAAGUCUCAGGAGGAAAAGAUGAAGCGAUACAAGAAACAGGUGGCAGAACUGAAGGAAGAUCUAUUGAUGCAACGUUCUGUGUAUUCUGCAGAGCUGAAGGCUCGUGUGCAGCAGCAGGAUGUGAUCACCGAGGUCAUCAAAUUAGCAAAAUCCGGUGGCCUUUCGGAGGAGCUACUGGAGCGCAUGCGAGCGAUGGCCGUGGACACAAGGCCCUCGAUUGACAACGGCCGGCGUAGCAGCACCAGCGAGUAUCGCCUUUCCUCUGUUGCCAGCAAUGUGGCUAAGGUGAGUGAAAAUCGUGAAAAUCGAUCAGAGACGACAACUGCGAUCGGGUCCGUGCCUCUGUCGACUUCUCAUAGCUCGAACAUGUCUCGCACGGAGCGCCGCGCUACCCUCGAUACGAUCAUGAAUGAAUCAGUGCCCCCACCGCACUUGGAGGGUAUAAGUCCUCCUGGUCGCGGAAGCCUCAACCGCAGCAGCCUCUCCGCGGACGAAAGUCACCGCAAAUCGCGAAUUGGAGGCAUGUUCAAGAAAAUGUUCAAGAAAGACGAAUAG